AUGGCGCGCAGUUUCGCGCGAUCCAUCUCCUUCCCGCUCAGCCCGUCGAGGUCGUCCAAGCCGAGCGCGCCGCCGUCGUGCCACGCGCGGUCCGUGAGCCUGCCGUGCCGCUCGCACCCGAUCCUCGCGCACCUCCACACCCACAUCCGCGCGGUGCGCGCGUGCGCGCAGCAGGGCCCGGCGUCGGCGUCCUCCUCGGUCGCCGCAGGGCUGGCGCACGUGGAAGCCCUCCACGCCGCGCUCGGCGACCUGCUCGACCUCCCGGAGGCCCAGGCCGCGCUCUCGGGCGCCGGCGCCGCCAGCGACCGCAUGCUCGACGCCUUCCUCCGCCUCGCUGACGCGCACGGCUGCUUCCAGGAGUCCGUGGUCGCGCUCAAGCAGGACGUGGCCGAGGCGCUGGCCGCCGUGCGGCGCCGCGACGGGGCAAGGCUGGCCUCGGCCGUGCGCGCGCAGCGCCGGGCGGGCAAGGAGCUCGCGCGGCUCGCAGUUGCCGCCAGGGAGUGUGCGGUGCGGCCGUCGCGGCUCAGCUUCAUGGGCGGCGCAGCGGAGGCAGAAGUGUCCGGGCUGCUGAUGGAGGCUGCCGCAGCCACGGCGUCGGCGUCGGCCGCGCUGUUCGGGACCGUGGCUGCCAUGUCCGCGUCGGUGGCUUCCGUGGCGGCCGAGUCGUGCUCGUGCAAGCGGACGGCGGCGCUGGUGUGCCUGGUGAAGACUAAGAAGAAGUCGAGAUCGGGGGAUCAGGUGGUGGAGGAGGAGGAGACGAUGGGUGCGGUGGCGGAGAAGCUGGAGGAUCUUGAGGAGUGCAUCGAGGAGCUCGAGGCCGGCAGCGAGAAGGUGUUCCGCAGCCUGGUGCAGACCAGGGUCGCGCUCCUCAACAUCCACACCCUCCACAUCUUCUAG